AUGGGCCACCUCUCCGGCGCCUGGAUUCUUCUCUUAGGAGGUAGUGUUAACAAGAAGAAAUCUGAGGUUAACAGUUUUCAUGACAUGAUCAGUAGUAAACAUGUGUUGAAUAUGGAAGCGGUUGAGAUGAGCAAGAAGAGGAAGUUUCAGACAGAUCAAUCAGAGUUAUCAUUAUUACCUCUGUCGAAGCAUGCUUGUUUUGACAAUGCCGCUUUUUCCGACAGUAACAAUGGGAGAUCAGAGCUUGAUUCAGACUAUUCAGUGUCUUGUGUGAACUCGACUUUUAUGGAAUGUGAAAAUGAGGUGGAGAUGAAAGAGGAAUCAUCUGGAUCGUGUAGUGAAGACAAGAUGAUCUCUUUCAAAAGCCAUCUCGAUUUCAUCUAUGGCGCCCAAAACCUAGAGGAUUUUUCAGACAAAGACAUUGAAAACAUUAUCUAUCUUGAUGAAGGAGAAGAAGAAGCUAAAGGAUGUAGUAACACUGCUAAAUUUGUUCUGUCCUCUGGGAGAUGGACUGUUGACCAAGAUUCUACUCGGCAUGGCACAAAGAAGCCUACGAUCGAUCAAGAAUUCGAGCAAUACUUCUCAACGCUAAUGCUGUGACAAAAUGGUUUUAGACUCAAAAACAUAAAUGAAGAUGUGUACAGAGAGCUAUUUUGAUUAUGUAGUCUCUUAUCAUUUUUAUUCUUGUGAACAAUAAAACCUUCAUUUCAAAGUGAUUAGAGAGGUUUUUUUUUUGAAAUGUUUGUAAACAGGAUACAGAUAAUAGUAAGAACAUAAAAACACUGUUGUAUCA